AUGGACACCUGGUUGAGUAGUAAUGGUUAUCAAGAUAAUUUACCUAAACUUAAGUGUUAUUUCGACAACAACUGUGAGAUAACACCGAUUUGGCGAAAGUGUUGUCAGAAAUGUCGGCUUAAGAAGUGCUUCGAUGUCGGCAUGAAUUCUUCUAUCACUGGUUCCCAUAUCGAGACCAUUGACUGACUAUCAAAACCAAUUCAAUGAAUUAGAGGGCAAUCGGGUACAAGAAGUACUGUUUGCCAUGAAUUCAAUCCGUGAACCAAUUAACACGACUAUAAGGGGAGAGAUAACUGACAUCAAAGAGUGUGAAAUAAUGAUCAAUAAGUUAUACGCCAAAGAAGUACAAAAUUUUGUGAGAAUGAGUAAUAGUCUAAGUGAUUUUAAAAGUUUGUGCGACAGUGACCAGAUUGCCCUGAUCAAAUAUGGCUCAAUUGAGAUUCAAAAUGUGCGCUCGGGUAGUUUUUAUGACUUGCAAACUGAGAGCUGGACUAUUAAUUUGGAUGAGAAUGAUGCUCUAAUAUUGAGC